GAAAGUUACCUGUGGCCGCCCAAGUCCGCCACUUUGUGCUCUGUGGCUGCCCACUGCCACGAUCCGGGAGAACUCCGCGCCGCCCGGCCGCCUCCGAGCUCGGGCCCCAUGUGAGGGGGCCCCCCCUUAUCCCACCUUUCCGGCUAGGUGAGGGCGCGAGCGGGCGAGCGAGCGAGAGUGGUGAGGGGGGACGGAAAAGCAGAAUUACCUGUAGCUCUUGUUCUGCCAUCUCGGGCUCUCACACACCUUCACCUGCACAGACUUGAAAGUCCAGUUUCACCAGAGGCUGAGGCUCCAGGAAAAGGGGAGCGAGUUCAUUGGAUCAAACAUGUCACAAGAGUCGGACAAUAAUAAACGACUGGUGGCCUUAGUGCCCAUGCCCAGUGACCCUCCAUUUAAUACCCGAAGAGCCUACACCAGUGAGGAUGAAGCCUGGAAGUCGUAUUUGGAGAACCCCCUGACGGCGGCCACCAAGGCCAUGAUGAGUAUCAACGGUGAUGAGGACAGCGCUGCCGCCCUUGGCCUGCUGUAUGACUACUACAAGGUUCCUCGAGACAAGAGGCUGCUGUCUGUAAGCAAAGCAAGUGACAGCCAAGAAGACCAGGAUAAAAGAAACUGUCUUGGCACCAGUGGAGCCCACAGUAGUUUGAGUGGAGGAGAAAACCGAGUGCAGGUCCUAAAGACUGUUCCAGUGAACCUUUCCCUAAACCAAGACCACCUGGAGAAUUCAAAACGGGAACAGUAUAGCACGAACGUCUCUGAGAGCCCAGCCGUCAUCCCCAUGGCGGGAAUCACAGUGGUGAAGGCCGAAGAUUUCACGCCGGUUUUCACGGCCCCACCUGUGCACUAUCCCCGGGGAGAUGGUGAAGAGCAACGCGUGGUUAUCUUUGAACAGACUCAGUAUGGUGUGCCGUCCGUGGCCAGCCAUAGCACCUACCUCAAGGAUGAUCAGCGCAGCACCCCGGACAGUACUUACAGCGAGAGCUUCAAAGACGGAAACACAGAGAAAUUUCGGAGUGCUUCAGUUGGGGCUGAGGAGUACAUGUAUGACCAGACAUCAAGUGGCACAUUUCAAUACACCCUGGAAGCCACCAAAUCUCUCCGUCAGAAGCAGGGGGAGGGCCCCAUGACCUACCUCAACAAGGGACAGUUCUAUGCCAUCACGCUCAGCGAGACGGGGGACAACAAGUGCUUCCGACACCCCAUCAGCAAAGUCAGGGUAAGGGCCUCAUUUCUCCAAUAA